AUGAAAUCUAAAAUAGAGAAGAAUUCUUUCAGAAAUAUCAGGGAUAUGAAUUCAAACCUGGGCAGUUUUGCAGCUUCCCUUAAAGAUAAAGAUGUAUGGGUGAUGAAUGUUGUUCCUGUCAAUGAGUCCAGCAAAUUGAAGAUCAUUUAUGAUCGGGGCUUGUUUGGAACUGUUCAUGACUGGUUAUUUGCUUUCGGAAAGUAUCUGUUGAGGAAGAAGAAUUUUAAGGAAGCCAUCCAUUUGCUAGAGGAGCUUGAGUGUGAAGGUGAAAUGACGAAGGAAAUGCUUUCCUUUAUGCAUGCUCAAGUGGGCUUUCUCUUACUUUUUGACUUGCAUUUCGUGGAUGCUGUAAAUCAUUUCUUGCAGUCAGAAACGAUGCAGCCAUCUGAAAUCUUUCCAUUUAUAAUGCAAGACCCAAACCACUGGUCACAGCUGGGUGUAAUUAGGAGCGUUGACUGA